GCUCCAGUCGAAACAACCAGAAAACGUUACCCAACACUUCUUACACACGACGACUUAUAAAAAUUACUUCACCCACAGGCGAAGAAAAACGCAAUCAUUGUUGACAGUGAAUUUGUUGUAUUUGAAAAGCAGUCAGUUUAUUAUGCCGGCGUAUCACUCACAAAUCAAGGACUUUCGCCAGCAAGUAGGCAAUCUGGCGAUAUUGCCUCUUCGAACGCAGGUGCGAGGACCAGCCCCAAGUGCCAAUGUGGAGAGCGACAUCAUUGACGAGUCACUUUAUUUCUUUAAAGCAAACGUCUUCUUUCGCACAUAUGAAGUAAAGUCUGAAGUUGAUCGCGUGCUAAUUUACAUCACGCUGUACAUUACCGAAUGCCUGAAGCGACUAACGCGCUGCACUAGCAAAGCUCAAGGACAACAAGAGAUGUACAGCUUGGCAAUUUCCAAAUUUGAUAUUCCCGGCGAUGCAGGAUUCCCGUUAAACGCAGUUUAUGCAAAACCCCAAUCGGUGCAGGAUUCUGAUCUAAUGCGUCAGUAUUUGUUGCAGCUUCGUCAUGAGACCGGCAACCGUGUGGUAGAGAAAGUAUUUAACACAGAGGACGGAAAGCCAAACAAGUGGUGGACUUGCUUCGCCAAAAAGAAGUUUAUGGAGAAGAGUCUGGCCGGACCAGGUCAAUAAAUAUUAAUUGAGAAGUACUAUUGUGGAAUUUAGAAGUGCAUUAUGCCAAUAUCGAAAUGUAUUAUUUAAGUUUUAUAAUUUUGAAAUACAAUAACCACUUCAAUGUGUUUUUGUAUUCACGUUGUUGUUAACGCA